UGCAUACUGUGGCCGAGUGUACGGUAUCGUGGUCGGAGAGCAGAUCGAUCGAUGGUCUGGCUGCGCCUCCUCGUCGCCGGCGCCGCGACCGCCGCCGCCCACCACACGCUGCACUUGACGCGGCGCCUCGUCGGCAGCAAUGCGUCGAUUGCCAGCGUCCCGCUUGAAAACUAUGGCAACGUCCAGUACGUCGGCGAGCUCGCGUUCGGGUCGCCGCAGCAGAACCUCAGCGUCGUCUUCGACACGGGCAGCAGCGAUACGUGGGUGCCCAGCAUCGACUGCACAACCUGCGGCGUCCACGCCGCCUUUGACGCGAGCCUCUCGAGCACGUACCACAGCGUCGACGAACAGUUCCUUGACACCUACGGCAGCGGCGCCGUGCGUGGCGUCAUUGGCGUUGACACGAUCGGCCUCGGCCCGUUCACGAUCCCCAACGCGCGCUUUGGCGUCGUGACGUCUGAAACCAAAGCCCUCGAGCUGUUCAUCGCCGACGGCCUCGUCGGCCUUGCGUUCGAGAGUCUCGCGAAGAUCACGCGCCCGACGCUCUUCUCGCUGCUUAUCCAGGACAACGUCGCCAAAACUGGGCAACAUGUUUGCUUUUUACAUGACGCCGACCCGACGAUGCUCGGCUCUCAGCUGCACCUUGGCGGCUACGACCUCUCUGUCGUCGGACCGAAUGCGAGCUGGCAUUAUACGCCCGUGGUCAAGCUACCAGACGUCGACACGUAUACGUACUGGGCCGUCAAGAUGAAUGGCUUUGCGGUCGGCAACGCAACGAGCAACUACUGCGCGCCGUUCUGCUACGCCAUUGUCGACACGGGCACGUCGCUCAUUAGCAUCCCGGGCACGCAGUUUGACGCGAUUGUGGCGUCGAUCACGGCCGGCCUCAACUGCGAUGGCGUCACGUGCUGGGACGUUGCGCUCUCGAGCUUUCCAGCGCUGCGUUUUGGCAUGGCACCCGACAACGUCUUUGAGCUGCAGCCGAACGACUAUGUGGCGUGCAUGGACAAUGGCCAGUGCCGGCUCCAGCUCCAAAAUUCCGGCACCGAAGCGUGGUGGGUCCUCGGCGAUGUAUUUAUGAAGACGUACUACACGCUCUUUGACGCGGGCAACAUGCGCGUCGGCUUUGCGUACGACGACCGGACGUUCCUCAUCUGGGAGCACCUCUUCCUCUACGGCUCCAUCUUUGCGGCCGCGACGCUCCUCCUCCUCGUGUUUUACAUGCACCAGCACAACGAGCCUUCGCUUGCGCCCGCCGUCAUGCUACCCGCGACCAAGACGCGCGCGAUUCCGAUUGUGCUCGCGGUCGAGCCGCUGGACUCGGCGUCGCCGCUGCUCACGACCGAGCGCCCGCUCGUCACGUCGUACGCUGAAGCGAGGCGCAACUACACGCAGCUGCCCGACUCGACUGUCUAG